CCCCGCCGCCCGCCCCGGCCCGGAACAUGGCUGCGCGCCCCGCCGCCACCCUCGCCUGGUCGCUGCUGCUCCUCUCCUCGGCCCUGCUCCGCGGCAGCUGCCGGGCGCGCUUCGCCGCCGAGCCGGACUCGGAGGACGACGAAGAGGAGGCGGUGGCUUUUCCCGAGUCGCCCUUGCAGAGACCCACGGUGCUGGUGGCCGUCCUCGCCCGCAACGCUGCGCACACGCUGCCUCACUUCCUCGGCUGCCUGGAGCGGCUGGACUACCCCAAGAGCAGGAUGGCCAUCUGGUGACUUAUGGCUGUUGAUGAGACACAUGCAAAGGAAUACUCACUGUCUUCGUGAGUCCACACAAGCUGAGGAGUGCUUGGAGGCCCAUCCCCAGGAGUGGCGAAACACAGCACUGAUGUGAAGUAAGCAGUAAACUUCUUCAAGUUGGUUAUAUACCCAUGGUGGACUCCAUGGAAAUCUGGAGCAAUGGUGACCACAGUGAUAGCCUCAGAGACAUCUGCUGGCCAUGCUAGAAGCUGGAUAAACAGGUUGAAAAAGAAAUCCUUUUUAAUUGCAUGUCUUUACUCUCAAAUCUGUAUCAGAAUUUUAUUUUGCAAUUAAUGUGUCUUUAAGGAAAGCAAAGUCAUAAUUAAGA